AUGCCGCCUAGAAUACCUCUCAAGGGCUUUCUCGCCGCUGCUCGAUCAGCGCUGACAGCUCCCCCAGCACAACGACCAAACCCCCUCACGCUCGUCGUUGGCAAUGAGUCUGCAGACCUCGAUUCUCUCUGCUCAGCCGUAGUCCUGGCAUACAUCCGCACCAACUCCCCCCCUCACACACUACACAUUCCCCUCUCCAACAUUCCCCGGUCAGAGCUCGUUCUACGCACCGAAAUGACUGCCGUCCUUCAGCGAGCCGGACUCUCUCCCUCAGACAUCCUCACGCUUUCCGAACUUCCUGAUCUCAAGCCUGAGGAGACGCAGUGGCUCUUGGUGGACCAUAAUGCCUUGACGGGUCAGCUGCAGAAGUUUCAGUCCAGAGUCAUUGGCUGCAUCGAUCACCACGUCGAUGAGAAUGUCACCAGCCGUGACGUCAAGCCGCGCAUCAUUGAGCCUUGCGGAAGCUGCAUGAGUCUCGUCAUUGAUGAGUCUCGGGCUGCCUGGGACUCUUUUCCUCCAUUGGACGUUGGACAAGAAAAAGAAGGUGUAGAUGCAAAGGAGGCCGCUGCUGAGGAAGAUGACAAAUUAGCGACACUCGCCUUUGCGCCCAUCUUGAUCGACACAAUCGACCUAAAGGAGGAGCACAAGGUCAAGGAAAAGGAUAUCCGUGCCGCAAAAUACCUGCACUCGAAGAUUCGCCAGCAGGGAUUUCAGCAGACCAAGUUCUUCGAGGACAUUGCUGCUGUAAAGGAGGACAUUUCGCAGCUCAGCUUCUACGACAUCUUCCGCAAGGACUACAAAGAAUGGGAAGAAGCAGGUCUGAAGCUCGGCAUAAGUUGCGUCGUGCAGGACUUUGACUACCUCCUCGAAAAAGCAAAACAGCCCGACGUCUUCAUUGACGAACUGGCCAGGUGGGCAAAAGAAAGGAAGCUUGAUGUCGCAGGCGUCAUGACGACGUCGAAUCCUGGCGGAGAGUUCCAGCGUCAUCUCCUCGUGUGGGGAAUCACGGAGAAGGGUGCAGAGGCGGCGAAGAGGUUUCCUGGGAUCGCAGAGGGGUUGGGGCUUGAGCAGUGGAAGGAUGGGUUGUUAGAUGGGGAUGAUGGGAAGAGGAGGGCGUGGAGGCAGAGGGAUUUGAAGUCGAGCAGGAAGCAGGUUGCGCCGUUGCUGAGGGAGGCUUUGAAGGGGGUUGAGGGCAAUUCGCAGUCACAGCUAUAG